AUGAAUCGAACAGAUUCAGAUCCAGUCAACCCGUCGAGGAAGAGACAGCGCGUUGACGAGCCAAUUGAGCCAAGUGACCGUCAAGCGUGGUACUAUCCAGGCGUCGCAAGAGACGAAGAUGCAGACGAGCUAGCACCAGGUACAGCAAACGGUAACUGGGGAAAGAAGCAUCUCCAUGGAGCCCGCUUUGUGCGACGGGGACAUAUGGCUGCCUGGGGACCAACCCGAGCCCAGUACGAUGUAGAAGAUAGGGCCCGUAGACGUCUAAGGCUAAUACUCCCCGAAUUCACGGGCGAACCCAUCGAGCAAGACCCAAUUCUGCCACAUUUACGAUCACCGUCGCCGCCAAUGACAGCUCCGUAUACACCAGCUCCUAUUCAACAUACUUCGUAUACAUCCUCAGUCUUUGAUCCCAACGUCGGGGCGUCGUUUCGCUCAAAUCUCUUAAACAGCUUGGAACGCAGCGCAUCUGAACUCAUUCAGAGCGAGAUUGCCUUGACACGCGCAUUGGGUCGAUUCUGGUCCGCACUCACGGAAUCCGCAAAUCGUCUCUCUUCUGAGAAACGGCACGCCAUCAUGCAAGAACAAGAGGCGCUGCUUGCUGAGCAACGACAAGCGGACAGCGUACCCCCAGUCGCGCCAGUGUAUCCUGCAAUCCCCGAUGAUCGUCUGGUUGAACUGGACCCGUUUACGACACAGGAUGUCACGAUGCGUAUGUUUACACUUCCGACGCACAUGCGCCUGGAAUAUUUCCACACGCCCACCGGCGCUCCAGAGAUUAUCUCUGUCGCACCACAGCAUCAAGUUGAUUUGGUGAAGAGGUCGAUGCUGGCUAUACGAGAGCUUCAGGAGGAUAGUAAAGAGUGUAUGGAGCGGUUGGAGGAGAUUCGAGAGAUGCUCGGCAAGGUCAAGGGUCUACGAGAUGCCGUCUGGGCAAUUAUGAGAUCCCGUGCAAUUCUCGAAAUGGAAAACGAAGAAUGA